AACACGCAUUAGAAUAAGAUUGAGAUAACCUUGUCUAUAUAAUUGACUGGACAAAGAAUUGCGCGCUUGUUUGAUAAGGAAAAAGAAGGAGAAAAAUAAAGAUAUAAACCUCUUCACAUUGAUUGUGAUUAUUCAGUCGUGAAUCAGUGUCCAUUGAGCAAAGUGAACUGAAUUUCGAAAAUUGAUUUAAAAGACGGUUUUAGUUGCUGUGUUUUUUUAAAAGACUUAAUUAAAUAAUUUCCUUUUAGAAAAAUCACAUUUGAAAACCAUUUUAAAUGUUGUGUUGUUUAUUGUCAAGCACAGCGCUUGCUGUGUACGCGUUAUCAUUGCUGUCGAUUUAUUUCUACGUAAAAUAUUUGUACUCAUACUGGCAACGCUGUGGAGUGCCAUAUGUGACGCCAUCGUUUCCGUUCGGAAAUUUCGGCAAGAAUUUCAUGCAGAAGACGACAUUAUGCGAACAAGUUGAUGAGUACUAUCGCAACACUACGGAGCCAUUCAUUGGCAUGUUUGGAAUGUUUCGGCCGACUUUAGUUGUCUGCGAUCCGGAGCUCGCGCGAAACAUUCUAAUUAAAGAUUUCAAUAAUUUUUCCGACCACGGUGUUUAUGUGGAUGAGGCAAAUGAUCCAAUUUCGGCGCAUUUAUUCGCUCUGCAAGGUGCCAAGUGGAAAAAUCUUCGGCUUAAAUUGACACCAACAUUUACAUCGGGCAAAAUGAGAGCGAUUUUCUCAACGCUGCUCGAUUGCACGAACCCGCUGCAAAAUUACAUGGAAAAAGUGGCCGAAUCGGGAGAAAUAGUCGAAUUUCGUGAAGUAACUGCCUGUUAUUUAACAAAUGCCAUUGCAUCGGUGGCAUUUGGCAUUGAUAUUGAUUGCUUUGCUGACCCGGAUAAUGCAUUCCGAAAAUAUGGUCGUCAAAUGUUUGAUCUUACUAAGUCAAAUGCAUUUCGAUUUCUGUGCUUUAAUUUAAAUCCAAAUUUACUCAAGUGGUCAGGCAUGCAUUUCUUAGACAGGGAAGUUGAAAAUUUCCUCUUUGACGUGGUCAGACAAACACUUGAAUUGAGAGAGAAAAAUAAUAUCGUGCGUAAAGACUUUUUCCAAUUGUUGGUUCAGCUGCGCAAUAGCGGCACUGUUCAAUUAGACGACGACUGGCAAACAGUGAUUACGAACGAUAACAACAAAUCAUUGAGCUUUGAAGAGAUUGUCGCACAAUCGUUCGUUUUUUUUGCAGCUGGGUUUGAAACGUCAUCGGGUGUCAUGUCAUUUUGUUUGUAUGAAGUGGCCAAGAGUCCGGAGAUUCAACGAAAAAUUCAAGACGAAAUCGAUACGGUGUUGGCUCAACACAACGGCCAAUUCACUUAUGAAUCAAUUAAUGAGCUGAAAUAUUUGGAAUGCUGUAUUGAUGAAACGCUGCGCAAAUAUCCAGUUGUCCCGAUUUUAACCAGGCAAUGUACCAAAGAGUACAAGAUCCCAGGGUCCAAUGUAACAAUAGAGAAAGGAACUUCCGUUUUCAUUCCGGCAUUUUCAUUGCAAAGAGACGAAAAGUACUACCAAAACCCAGAUAAAUUCGAUCCAUUGCGCUUUUCCUAUGAGAAUCGAAAUGGUAAAACCAUUGUUGACAUGCCAUAUUUUCCAUUCGGAGCCGGGCCACGCACAUGUAUCGGAUUGAGAAUGGGAAAAAUGUCAACCAUAGUCGGAAUCGCUUCAAUACUUCAAAAGUACAACGUUGAACUCGGCGAACAACACAUUGGAGAAGAGCUGGAAUUCUCACCCGCCAGUGUUACUCUAGCACCCACUACUGGAAUUAAUUUGAAGAUUCAGAAGAGACACAUUUAGUUUUUAACGGCAAUCUAAUGUCUUUCAGGAGAUUCGACACUAUCGAAUUGUGGAUUCUACAAUUUUACAAAUAAACUGGGCAACGAUGAAGAAA